AUGAGUUGUUCUAAAUAUUUUGUUUGUUUUGUGUUUUCACUGCUGAUUUUCAAUUUUUGUGCCAAUGCUGUUGAAGUCUCCCAUGAUGGAAGGGCUAUCACCAUUGAUGGAGAACGUAAGGUUCUUCUAUCUGGUUCGAUUCACUAUCCACGAAGCACACCCCGGAUGUGGCCGGAUUUGAUUAAGAAAGCCAAGGAAGGUGGGAUAGAUGCUAUUGAGACUUACGUUUUCUGGAAUGCUCACGAGCCACUACGUCGUCAAUAUGACUUCACUGGCAAUCUUGAUCUCAUAAGGUUUCUCAAAACUAUUCAAGAUGAAGGACUUUAUGCUGUGCUUCGAAUAGGGCCCUAUGUCUGUGCUGAAUGGAAUUAUGGUGGAUUCCCGGUAUGGCUGCACAAUGUCCCAGACAUUGAGUUCCGAACUGUCAAUACUGCGUUCAUGAAUGAGAUGCAAAAUUUCACAUCCUUAAUAGUGGACAUGGUCAAGCAAGAGAAGCUCUUUGCAUCACAGGGAGGUCCUAUUAUACUUGCUCAGGUUGAGAAUGAAUAUGGCAAUGUGAUUUCAUCCUAUGGACUUGCUGGGAAAGCCUAUCUUGAUUGGUGUUCAAAUAUGGCUCAAUCCAUGGAUAUUGGAAUUCCAUGGAUUAUGUGCCAACAGAAUGAUGCACCACAGCCUAUGAUAAACACAUGCAAUGGCUGGUACUGUGAUCAGUUCACACCUAACAGCCCCAAUAGCCCUAAGAUGUGGACAGAAAACUGGACUGGAUGGUUCAAGAGUUGGGGUGGUAAAGAUCCACAUAGAACGGCUGAGGAUGUUGCUUUUGCUGUUGCGCGAUUUUUCCAGCUAGGAGGCACUUUCCAGAACUACUACAUGUAUCAUGGUGGGACUAAUUUUGGUAGAACUGCUGGCGGUCCAUACAUUACUACAUCUUAUGACUAUGAUGCACCUCUUGAUGAAUUCGGCAAUUUGAAUCAACCAAAAUGGGGACACUUGAAGGAACUCCAUAAUGUGUUGAAGUCGAUGGAGAAGACUCUGACAUAUGGAGAUGUUACUAACAUUGAUUUUGGAAACUCUGUUUCAGCAACAGUUUAUGUCCUUAAUGAAACAGCAAGCUGCUUUUUUGGCAAUGCCAACACCACCUCUGAUGCUACAGUGAACUACCUUGGUGGUGAAUAUAAUGUUCCUGCUUGGUCUGUCAGUAUCCUUCCUGAUUGUAAGAAUGAAGUUUAUAAUACGGCAAAGGUAAAUACUCAAACUUCUGUGAUGGUAAAGAAGCCAAAUGAAGCAGAAAAUGAGCCAAUUGCUUUGAAGUGGGUGUGGAGGCCUGAGAACAUUGAUGAUACUGUCCUUCAAGGCAAGGGCCUUGUGUCUGCAAGUCACCUUGUAGAUCAAAAGGUUGCCAAUGAUGUUACUGAUUAUUUAUGGUACAUGACUAGUCUUAACCUGGAUAAGAAUGAUCCAAUCUGGAGUGAUGAUAUGAGCCUUAGAGUGAACGGCACUGGACACAUCUUGCACGCCUAUGUCAAUGGAGAAUAUCUUGGUUCCCAAUGGGCUACCUAUGGAAUAUUCAAUUAUGUAUUUGAAAAGAAGAUUAAAUUGAACCCUGGAAGAAAUCAGAUCACUCUGCUCAGUGCCACCAUUGGUUUGCAGAACUAUGGUCCAAAAUUUGAUGUAAUACAAACUGGAAUACCUGGUCCGGUUGAGAUAAUCGGAAGGAAAGGUGAUGAGAGCAUCAUAAAGGACUUGUCAGCACACAAUUGGUCAUACAAGGUUGGAUUGAAUGGGGAAGAUGAUAAAUUGUAUAGCACGGACUCGCACUAUGCUUCUAUAUGGCAAGCAGCAGACCUUCCCACAGAGAGGAGGAUGACUUGGUACAAGACAACAUUCAAAGCUCCUUUGGGCAAGGAACCAGUAGUUUUGGACUUGCAAGGUCUUGGCAAAGGCCAUGCUUGGGUUAAUGGCCACAGCAUUGGUCGAUACUGGCCAAGUUACUUGGCAGAAGAGGAUGGUUGCUCCACCGAGGCCUGUGAUUAUCGUGGUUCCUAUAAUAAUAACAAAUGUGUCUCAAAUUGUGGCCAACCUACACAGAGAUGGUACCAUGUUCCACGUUCGUUUAUGGUUGAUGGUGUGAACGAGUUGGUUCUUUUCGAAGAAUUUGGAGGCAAUCCGUCGCUAGUAAACUUUCAGACUGUUAGUGUUGGAACAGCAUGUGGCAAUGCCUAUGAAAAUAAGGAAAUAGAACUAUCAUGUGAAGGUCGUCCAAUUUCUGCUAUCCGAUUUGCUAGCUUCGGUGACCCUCAAGGCAGGUGUGGAUCCUUUGAGAAAGGUAGCUGUGAAGGGAACAAUGAUGCAUUGGCCAUCCUCCAAAAUGCAUGUGUUGGUAAAGAGACAUGUUCAGUUACAGCUUCUGAAGAUGUUUUUGGAUCAACGAACUGUGGAGACAUUACCAAGAGGCUUGUGGUAGAGGCUGUCUGCUAG